AUCCCUCUCCCCCUCCCGUUGUGUGUCCCGGCACAGGCAGACGGGGAUGGGUCUGGGGGGCACCAUGGCCCGUGUGGGGGGGAUGGUGGCCCCCCUGGUGCGAAUGUUGGCCGACGUCACCCCGGUGCUGCCGCUCGUCAUCUACGGGGCCGCCCCCAUCGUCUCGGCUGUGGCCACCUGCUUCCUGCCCGAGACCCGCAACGCGCCCCUGCCCGAGACCGUCAAGGACGUCGAGCGGCGGGCGGGGAACCUCGAGGACGACGACGUCGCCGUCCCCCUGAGCAGCACCAAGAGCAAGGACGGCGCCUGAGGGGGGAUUUGGGACCCCCUGGGGGGGAUUUGGGACCCUCUGGGGGGAUUUGGGACCCUCUGGGGGGAUUUGGGACCCCCUGGA